CUCCGGGGGGACCAUGCCCGGAGGCCGGCGGGCAGCAGCAUGGCUCACGGGCCCGGCGCGCUGAUGCUCAAGUGCGUGGUGGUCGGCGACGGGGCGGUGGGCAAGACGUGCCCACUCAUGAGCUAUGCCAACGAAGCCUUCCCGGAGGAGUACGUGCCCACGGUCUUCGACCACUACGCAGUCAGCGUCACCGUGGGGGGCAAGCAGUACCUCCUAGGACUCUAUGACACGGCCGGACAGGAAGACUAUGACUGUCUGAGGCCUUUAUCUUACCCAGUGACCGACGUCUUCCUUAUAUGCUUCUCGGUGGUAAAUCCAGCCUCAUUUCAAAAUGUGAAAGAGGCGUGGGUACCGGAACUUAAGGAAUACGCACCAAAUGUACCCUUUUUAUUAAUAGGAACUCAGAUUGAUCUCCGAGAUGACCCCAAAACUUUAGCAAGACUGAAUCAUAUGAAAGAAAAACCUAUAUGUGUGGAACAAGGACAGAAACUAGCAAAGAUAGGAGCAUGCUGCUAUCUGGAAUGUUCAGCUUUCAUUCGGAAGGGAUUGAAGACUGUUUUUGAUGAGGCUAUCAUAGCCAUUUUAACUCCAAAGAAACACACUUUAAAAAAAGAAUAGGAUCAAGAUGUAUAAACUGUUGUUUAAUUACGUGAGAAACAUCUUCAGUGGCCAAGGAAACUGGCCAUUUCUCUGAGAAAGCAAAUGAAAUGCUACAGCUAUACCCAGACCUUUUAUAGGUAAUGAAGCAGUUCAAAACUUGAAAGAAAACAAAACCUGUCCUCAGAAUUCUAUAAAGUUUAUUAAGAAUGUUCCUUAAAGGUUUAAGAAGCAGUAAGCAGUAUCUGAAGCCACAAUCUAUUAUAAAUACUUUAUUUCAACUAGAAGGUACAAUCUCUCAGGGGUUUCAUAGUUUAAAAAGCUACAAUCACAUCAUGUUGUAACUACAUAAAAAACAGAGCUGUAAAUGGAACUGCUUGGCUUUGACCAUACACAUUUCUGCACAGCCCUUACAGAAUCUGCACAAAGAAAUAUCUCCCUUUGUUCCAGUUAAUGGUUCUUGUAUGUAAGUUGCUUUCUAUUCCAGUAUAUCCAGAAUGGUGAAAUAACAAGGCCAGCCACAUAGCCAAAGGUCGCUCCAAGCGUAGAGGAGAUGGGCCAUACCUGAGGAGAGAAUGUAUGAGAUCAAAAAAGAACAAAUGUUUUAUUAUUACUUGAGCACAAGUGUAACCUAAAUAUUUCUAUAUUAAAGCUUAAUGUGCUUUCUUAAAGAAUGCCUAAAGUGUAAUAAGGUCAUAACUGCAUUUAUCAUGAACACUAAAAAUGUACACAUUUUAGUUAAUGUGCAUUAAACUGUAACAAGGCUUCGGGCAAUUGUAGAUUUAGUUUAACGCUCCCCAAAGUGCAUGAGACACAUGCUAAAAUUACAAAUUAAAAUUUUGGGUCAGACUUUGCCAUAAUGCUGGACUCAAUUUAGCUCUCUGAACUAGAUGGUAAUUUUUUUUUAAUUCCCACUUUGGCUGUGUACAUCAAAUGAAAUGAGAAGUGUGUAUGCUGACCAAACCACAAGAAACUUUC